CAACGGGAGAACGAGCAGCAAGCGGCGUUGUGCGGAUUCGGUUGCGCGGAAAUUUAUCAUUUUCUGUACCAACAACAGCCCCAGCGCCAGUCCCCGAGUAGGUACCACACGCUUAUAGUUUUUGGCUGAAAGUCACUCGCAGCAGCAGUAUCAGUAGCUGUGGCAUCUGCGAGAGAGAUACUUUUCUUUUGCGAGUUUUGGUGGUACAAGUUGGAAGUGUUGCAAUUGCAAGUACAGUGCAGCAGUGCAACGGUUCGACAGGACAGGCAGAACCCAUCCACCGGGUCUGGAAAAUAGAUCUCUGAACUGCGUGCUCCUAGUGAAAUGUGAAUUAGGCUUCUGUAGUGGCUGAAAUUAGGAUCCUCACAGAUUUAGUGCUGUCAGAUGAGGGUUGGCUGAUUGAACCACAGAUCAAUAGCAGAACUCUGGAAGGACGAUACAUAUCGAGCGCCGCAGAAGCGUUUUUUUGCCAAAUACAUGGUACAGUGGAAGUGCGUUUUGGAAGAAGUGAUUCACUCUGUGCCGCUCCAGGGCACCCGAAAUGGGCAAACGGCAAGGCGGGUCGGUUUGACGCGACGCGGCUAACACACAGCAAUCUAAAAUUUAUAAGAAAAGCCUAGGUCAAUAAUGUCUAUAGUGAUGUGUUUUUUGAUACAUGAGAUAGUCGCUUAGUUGGUUGAUUUAUUCGCCUGUCGUCACAUAAUCUUCAAGUGGGAUUCCGUAUUCGAGUGUAUGUGGUGGAUGUUUUUGCUAACGGUUUUGCAAAAAAAUUAAACCUGCAAGAUAAGGAGGGUGCAAUCAGUGAAAGUGAAUGAACAGGCCAAGGCGAAGCAUUGAAAAUAACUUUAUUUUGGCGAUCAUCUAAUAUUACUAACGCGGUCGUACGUGAGUGUUAGUUUCGGACGGUUGCGAUUUUUUUUUCUGCUGAUCGUGUGUGUUUUUGGAGGUGAUUUUUUUUUGUUAUAUCGGGUGUGAGCUCAUACUAGCGAAAAACGGUGAUUGUUUGUGGCAUUUGGGUAUUCUCAAGGAGACAGACAUAAUUUGACUGUGCAGUUUCUGUACGAUACACACAUACAGUAACUCGCGAAUGGUACCGCAUUUAGGUUGAAGAUCUCCGCAAAAUGGUUUACUACACCGGGCUGCCACUGCUCAUGCAGCAGGCAGAUGGCAGUACAAUAUCCCAGCUAUGCUUCAGCAAUAAUACGACCAAUGAUCGAGGCGGUGAACUGUCGCAACAACAGCAACAACAACAACAACAGCAGCAGCUCCAGCAGCAAAGGAUACAGUUCCAGCAGCAGGUCGUCAACCUGAGCAGUAAUAGUAAUGGUAACGAAAACCAGUCAGCGCUGUUGGGCGCUGCUUGCUCUUCGACGCAGCCUAGCGGAAGCAGCAAUAGUUCAGCUCACCUGCAGGUGGGCUACGGGAACUUCCAACCCAGUAUGGUUCCAACGAACCUAGUUUCCCACCAAUCCAACGUUAGCGGAAAGUUUCGAUGCGAGCAGUGCAACAUCAACUUCGGAAGCAAGAGUGCUCACACAAGUCACAUGAAAUCGCAUGCCAAGCAGCUGCAGCAGCUGGGUAUGACCGAGGGCGGUAAACUGGUCAGUACGAAGACCGUAGCUGCGAUGGCUAUCCAGGGAACGGCCGCUUCAGUCGAUCCGUACCAGUGUGAUGUGUGCAAGAAAACGUUUGCCGUUCCGGCCCGACUGGUUCGACAUUAUCGGACGCACACCGGAGAGCGUCCUUUCGAGUGCGACUUCUGCCAUAAGAUGUUUAGUGUUAAGGAAAACCUGCAGGUCCACCGGCGAAUACACACCAAGGAACGGCCAUACAAAUGCGAGAUCUGUGAUCGAGCCUUUGAGCACAGCGGCAAACUGCAUCGGCACAUGCGAAUUCAUACCGGGGAACGUCCACACAAGUGUAGUGUAUGUGGCAAGACGUUUAUACAGUCUGGUCAGCUAGUCAUUCAUAUGCGAACGCAUACGGGCGAGAAACCCUACAAAUGUCCCGUGGAAGGCUGCGGCAAGGGCUUUACGUGCUCGAAGCAGUUAAAGGUACAUUCACGGACACACACCGGUGAGAAACCAUACCAUUGUGAUAUUUGCUUCCGGGAUUUCGGCUACAAUCACGUGCUGAAGUUGCACAGGGUGCAACAUUACGGAUCGAAGUGCUACAAGUGCACCAUUUGCGACGAGACGUUUAAAAGCAAGAAAGAGAUGGAGGCACACAUCAAGGGACACGCGAAAGAAGCUCCGGAGGAGGAAGCCAACGAUAAUAAGACGGUGGUGAAUGCAUCUUUGAGUACCGCAUCAAGCCGAAGUAGUCCGGAGUAUUCAUCGAGUUCCAGUAAUCUUGAGGCGCCCGAUAGUUUGAUGAUGGAACAACCGAUGGAAUUGGAGGAAAAUCUUUCAGCUCCACGGAUUGACAUGCAGGAACAGACCACUGAUGGUAGCAGUGGAAGCAAAACUAACCGUUUCCCAGAAAACAUCCACUUCUACUCUCAGUUCGAGCAGUCAGUUCUGCGAAGCUACGGCGUUCAGUCCGGCGUGAAUCCGGCCCUGCUAGCAGCAGCAUCCAUUGCUGCUGCUGCUACGGAAAUUCAAAGCAAUAAAACACCGUCUCCUCCACCGUUGGCAUUCACAAUGUCGCAGCAGCAGCAGCAGCAGCAUCACCAACAAUUGUUGGCUUCAACUGCUGAUGGUCGGUUGUCGCCAUCGGCCGGACAGUCGCACGCGGUUGACAUCAUUAUGCAACAGCAGCAAUCCCAGUCACAUCUGCUACAGCACCAGCAACUUCCGGAGGCGCAUCAUCAGCACCAGCAUCACCAGCAACAAAUUUCGGCCAGUUCAAACACUCACAAAUUCGAACCGAUGGCCGUCAUGAAGAACCAUGGUUAUUUUGCGCCUGCUUCGCAAGUUACCGAGUUCAGGUCAUCCAGUGACAUCGUACGCCAGGUCGAAGCAGCGAUUGCGGGUACAGAGAAUCUUCUAACGCCACCACGAUCAUCUCCGGAGUCACCGGAUCGCUCGUCGUCGCCCGAAUCCGACUCAGUAUUAAUGGCCGACCGGGAUAACAAUACGCUGCCACCACGGAAGCGAAGGCUGUACUUCAAGGAUCAACCUGCUCGUAGCAUUGCCAUAGAUCAACGGAACAACCAGGCGCAAACGGCAUCCGCAGUCGAGUCGAUGUCGGUAAGGCAACCACCGGUUGUGGAUAAUCCUACCCCAGCAUCACCACCACCGGUCGUGCGGAUGAGUUCCGUUAUCCAGUACGCCAAAGCGUCUUACGAGUAGACAAAGUAAAACCGGGUCGAGAAUCGGUGUUAGUUGAUUACAAAAUGGCCAUAUAGUUGAAACGUGCAGGGUGUGGAAGAGUAAGUUCGUUUGGUUGGGGGAUCCGUUCGGUUGAAUAUAGCUGUGCAGCUGCAGAUCCCGUUUUGACGUUUGCGUUUGGACGUAAACAAAUCGUUUAAACUGAGUUACUACUGAGUUUAGAUCCUCUUGGUCUGUUUUUGACAACAGUUAUGAGUGCGACAGCAAAAUUACUACAAUCUCCUUUUAAUUGUUCUAUAAUAAAUGAGGCUGUGUGUAAAUCUCUAAUCAAAGUUACACAAAUUUAGGUUCGAAGAACCUGGUUUUCAUUCUCCAUCUUGGGAUUUUUAUUAGACACAAGGGACGGAAGGAAAUUCUGGCAGCUAGCUUUUUUAAUGUCGUCCCAUUGAUCUGAAAGUCUGAGUCAACGCCUACAACAAUACCAAACGAAAUUCUCCGUCACUGACGGUGCGUCAAAGCCAUGGAUUUUUUGUAGUUUGGGCUAAACCGGCAACUUUUAAACUUUUCAAAAUGGACCUGACGAUGCAACAUCGCAGAAAUCCGUUUGAAAGUUUGGAGUAGCGCCUACUACGCUUGUCAAAGACAUUGACCUAAGAACACCUUGCUUUUCCAAACCGCAGUUCGAUGGAAAUGACAAUCGCUAGGUUAUGUUUACUGCUGCGUAAUCAGCUGUUUAUCAGGUCUCUUUCGAAAAUCUGCCUCCAGAUACAAAUGUUCUUAUUGAUCCUAGUAGCUUAAAUUUACUUCCGUUUGUUACUAGAAGAAGAAAAAGGAAGUACUCAAUUCUGGGACAAUUGCCUCCUUAUUUACUCUGUAGUUCUUUGAGUUUCUCUUGGCACUGAAUUAAACUCAACUGUAUUUUGGACAAAUGGCGGAAUUAAAAUCCUUUCACUUCUUAACAAAACGAGUCGUUGCACCGCAGCGCCAUCGUUUUUAUUAUAACCCGUACAGCCCGGUGUUCUUCAGGAAGUUAUAGAGGAUUGGAUUUUAGGACUGGUCAUUACUAAGAGUGUCACGAAUGUUAUCCGGUAGAGCAUGAAAAAUCCGUGCGUCAUGGUAUUGGGACAGUUGAGGAGAUAGUACAUUACAGGUCAUGCAGAUAUUUUGAAAAGGUCUAGUACCAGCCAUACUGUGUGAUGCAUUUGUGUGAAUCUUCUGAUCUGAUAGAAUCUUCUGGUCCUGGUGAUUUGGGACAUCUUCCUAUCAUCCCAGACAUCAACCGUCUGCUUCCACAUUUCGGAGUAGAGAUGGGUGAUCAUCACUGCCUUGAGCGUAGCGGCUAUCCACCAUUUUAGGUCUUGAUCCGGGACUUCCCUUAUAUAUAGCGAGCCUUUACGACCCAAAGAGGCUAAACGGUCCCAAAGAUUCCACAGUGGCUUAGAAUCAAAAUGGUGACGAUGUUUUGUCGAGCUUGUGCCUGUAUGCCUUGAAUCAAAAGAUGUCGCGAGUCGUAGAUAGUAACAAUUGAGGUUUUAUGGGAGUUUCACAGCCGCUGAUAAAACUUAAAUUGCACUUAUAGCGUACUAUAAAACUUAAAUUGUUACUUGUAAAGUGCUGUGACUGCACUGACAGAGCCUGUAAAGAUGGCGAUAGGUUUUGGGGCAGGAGUUGUGGCAGCUAAGCAAACUGUUGCGACUUCGGCGGAGAAGACGGAUUAGGGUUCUGGUAACCGAUGAAACAGGCAGGUUUCCAUGUCAGUGAUCGUACAGCCGACGUGUCUCAGGGCUUUCGAGCCGCCAGUAAACAUGUGUGGUUUCUAUAUUCAAUUACCGACUUUAUACGAACCGGGGAAUUGUGGCCCGCUUUGAAGCUGUUCUUGAUGGUCAUGUCAAAGGAAAGGCUGGCUCGUUUCAACACCUGGCUCCAUUCCAGUUUACCGUGGACAUCGGGGCGAAUUGUUGGUUGGUAAAGUGUUGAAAGAGUUUCUUCGCCUUCUCCGUUGUCGUCUCCACAAAUCUUCUCGAUAAAGAUUCUUGCUAUUUUGGUGAUGGUUUCUGUCAUGAAGAAGUCGAAGGGGAGUCUACCAGAUUAGGUACAUGCCGCUCUGGCUGGAGUCGAUGGGAGUAGGUUUGAAGUGAUUCCAAUGGCCUGGUUGUGGACAGGUCUUAGGAUAGCAGGAAGGUUAUUGUUGGCAUGUGAGUCUUCGCCAGAAGUUAUUCUGCUAUCGAUUACAGCUUUGACUACACGGUUUCGUACGCUGCGGUUGCUGGUGGGAUGACACCUAUACAGUGCGCGCAGUAAAUUGGUUUUGCAAUUUUGCACAUUGGUGGUGAUCGAGGUUAUUGUUGUUUUCGAGAUAAUGAACUAGUCGACGGUUUACUAUUCUCUCCAUGACCUUGCUGUUGCAGCAAGUGAAGGAGAUCGGGCGGGAAUCCUCCGGGGUAGCAGUAGCCAUAUGACGCUUCGGAAUCGGAAUCUUCAGGCGAUGAGUCCAAUAAGAGAAAGAGAGUUCGUCAGCCAUUCGUUGUUUAGGAGUCGCAGAAGGAUUAGCCUGCCCUUACGGGGCUGGUGUUUAAGCAUCGGAUACCCAAUGUCGUCGUGACCCACCGAUUUACCAUUGCCCCGCGACAGGGCAAGCACAAGUUCUGCAAACCGGAACGGUUUUUGAUUUCCAAUGGGAUGGCGACCUCUGAGUUUUGAGUAUGGUUCAAGGUGUUGAUUGAUGCAUUGUUAUGAAGUUUAAUGUUAUUUUCGUACGAAUCAAAAGCGAAUAACGAAACAAAGUAUUCUCCUAGAACUGCUGCAACAGUGGUCGGAUCAGUGAUGAUGUAACCUUAGUGCUUUAACGCUACGCCGCGGGCUCUUCGCAUUCCAAUCCGUUGAUGCGAUCCCAAAACUCCAUUGGUGUUUGUUCCUAUCAAAAAAAUCUUCCCAGCUUUGACGGCAUGCGUUUUGUUUUUCCCGAUAGUGUGAGAGAGAAUUUUCUUUGUCUGGGUGAUAAUUCGACCUUUUCUCCGGUUUUGAUUACUGUCUUGCUUGCCGAAGACCACCAGUGGAGUGAUGCUAGUUGUGCUUUCGUCGCACUUUUUUUUUCUUCUAUCUCGGAGCUCCACAUAGCUUUGAUUUAACUUUCGCUUUUUGCAUCCAUCUAUUACGUCGCCAUUCAGCUCUCGUGUCAGUGAGCCGUUUAGAUUCUGAUUCUAUGAGCCAUUUAGCUACUGUUUCCGUGAGUCAUUCAGUUCCCAGCCUUAUGGCGAUCUACUCCGAUAGUCCCCGGCGGUGAACUCACCCUACUCCGACUGAGAGUUCCCCGACGGAAGAAUUUCUCCCGACGCCGAUACUCGCUUUCUUGAUCCAUCUAACUCCUAACUUUAUCGAGAUUAACUCGGAUAUUGUCGGGCGUUGAACUACCCUACUCCGACUGAGAGUUUCCCGGCAGCGGAAUGUCUCUCGGUACUGAUGUGUGUUUCGUGAGCCAAUUAGUUCCCAUUUUUGUUACGAUAUAGUCGGAUAGUCCUCUGCGGUGAAUCUACCCUAUUGUGAAUUCCCCGGCGAUAGAUUUCUCUCGAUACCGAUGUAGGUAGGUUGCUGUUAGUUAUUCGACGCGAUUUACUCGCUGUAAUCCCCGGCGGUAGAUCCAGCCUACUCACGAGUUACCCGGUAAGAUGUCGAGGUCGGUCCACCGAUUCCGGUGAAGCCUGACGUCUGGUUCACUGGUACCCCGACAACCCGAACCCGAUGCUACGUCGCUCACUACUCAUUUAGUCUCUGGCUGACUAAGUCCACACUGGCGGAUAGUUCGCUUACGGCGGAAUUUCUUCCGAAACCCGAUUUCAAGUUUCAAGGCGGCUUUAUAGCCGAUGGUGCUGCCGGGCGUUGGCAGAGCUGCUGCCUCAAUUAGUGUGUAUCCAUUCACAUCACCAAGGACCCAUUUUCGGGCACUGAAGCGAGUCGAACGGCUAGGCUCUUGGUAUAAAUUGGUCAUAUAUUGGAGCUUGUGUACAGCCUGAGUGAGGCGUUGCCUGUGGGGAUGUUGGUGCGAUCAGGUGAUGUGUUGUGGUCUACAACCAGUAUAGGGCUAGCGUCAUCAUCGCUAUUUCAAGAGACUUUGCGUUGUAACUAGAGCGACCGCUUUAUUCCAUUGGGGUUCUUGGCCGAGCGACUUGUGCAGAGGCCCUUGUGCGACCCGGGAUGCGGCAUCAAUUCUUUAGGGCAACCAGGACGACGAGGUUUGUGCGUCAGUUCCGGUGGGGUAUAGCAUACGCCCUGACGAGGCCUCGACUAUCUCAGGAGUCAUCGGUUGAUAUCAGGGACCAGGCGGGAUCACCUUUGUGCGUGCUGAAAAGGGCAAGGUUACUCGGGUGCCGCGAGCUGUCCGUUGUCCGGUGGGGAAAUAGCGUCCAUACUAAAGGAGUCUCGGCUUCCCAAUGUCUCGGUCGUUUGUUGCAGAUUGUCCAUAGUUUCUGGUUCUGGUAUAUUCUGUCAACCGCCUUCUAGCGCUAGUUGUUUUUUUACGGUGCUUGUCAUUGUGGUAUCCAUUGCUGGUUUAAGGUAGGGUGACUACUAGUAGCGUUGUAUACAAGGGAGGACUGAACAGGCGGUAUAUGCCCAGAAUGUUAUUCGAGCUCGAUUGUUUCACCAAUGAUGUGGACUUUGGAGCUUGAUGUUAUCCUUUCGUCUGAUUCCGUGGGGAUAAUGGAUUUUUUCGGCUGCUGUGUGCUGGGUUUCAUUUCGUAAUCAUCGGAGCUGAUUUGAGCCGCAUUUCAAGUUUUGCGAUUUUAUCACAAGAUCCUCGGUGAUGCCAUUCUUCCUGACCGGCUCAAGUCGGGAUUCUUUUUUCACGAUGGACUCAAAAACUUGAAUGCGAGUGUCCUUGUCCUUGAGCGCGAUGAUCAGUUACUCAACUUUUGUGCUGAGGUUCAGCACGUCUUCGAUCUCCGCGUUUUACUUCUUCAAUAUCUUUGUUUCUCUGAUUUUUGCUCACCAUCUAUUCUGAAAGUUUACGCACUUUUUCCGGCAGUUUGGCAAUAUGUUGGACUUUUCCUAUUGAGGUUAUCAUAGCAAAAGACCUAGAAUAGUUGGCUUGUUCGUAGAGGUUCCGCGCAGCAGAGUGAGAGCACCCUUGAUUAACGUGAAUCUUUUUGGUAUGCUGAGUAAUUGCGAGAUUAUCAUCAUCGCAUUGUUUGUAAAAAGCUGCGGCUUUGCACUUAUUAAUUUCGUCGGUCGGAUGAUCCAUCGAACAGGUGCCGAAGAUCGGUGUUGGUUGUUGGCAUCGAUUUUUCGUUUGAUCGAAAGUCUAGCAUGGAAAGCAAAGCAUCGCUGAGCUGGGUAAUAGGACCUGGUUUUACAUAGCAAACUCAAUGUAAUCCAUACUGACUCCAUUCAGGAUUCCGAAUCAAAUUCCGAAUGGUUUGACCGGGUGGGAGCACUACUACUAUUGUUGACUGCGGCUGUGGGUGAUACCGAUACGUCCAUUCGCCAAGAAACCGAGCUGUCGACUGGCAGCGCCUUCGACAUUGACCGAAAAUAAUGGUUGACAACAAAAUUAAUUCUAGUCAUUUUGAAAAGCAAUAAACCGCUACAUUACGUUAUCGUUUACACAGACGAAACAAAAUACAUCACACAUCCCAUCGCUAACCGAUACGCAGAGAUACACGUUAAAUGAAAAUUUGUCUCCCUGCUUAGAAAAGUGUGUGAUUUGUUCACUUUAUUUGACAGAUGACAAAUUUCGAAGCUCCCGAAAAAAAUUUCAAUGUGAUUUUACGAAACACAUAUUUGUUCAAAGAACUCAAUGAGUUUUCAUUUUUAUCUCUAAACAAUGUCAGUAAUGUCAAGAACGCAUAAACAAUAACUAAUGGUAAUUGUUUAACUUGUCGCUCGAUUGUGAAUACAGUAAACAAAAGUAAACAUUGACGCUUGAUGAAAAAAACAGAAGAAUGGUCCUCACCCAAACGAAUCGAUUAUCUCCGAAAGCAGUUUCUAUAUUAGAAUAGUUGCCCGAUCUACGUGUAGUUGGCAAAAUAAGAAAGCAGACUUAUUAGUGGAUAAAAUAUAAAUUAAAGGUGACGAUUUUUAGAAGAUAAUAUUUAUCUACAUACAAAAAUACAAAUGCAGUAGUGUUUAGCAAGUCAGAGUUAAGAGUUUACACAUACACAACCACUUACACACAAACACGUUCACAUACACAUACUAUCUGCAACAAGACUGUCUCAGGUUAAUCAGUCAUUACAAUUGAUAUGUGAACCGGUUCUUCAGAGGACACUGUAGAAUAGGAUCAUCAACUGGAAUGUAGAAGAAACAAAUGCAAAAAUGGGAAGGGGAUGUUUUUGGACAAAGGAAAUAUUAAGACUGUUGAAAUGUCAAAAAAUUCUAGUAAUCAAGAGUAAGUUAAGCGCGCUAGGGUAACGAGUGGAAAAUCACAACCAGAUGGAUUAAGAUCGGAAUAGAGACAAGCUAUAUUUUAUGAGAAAUUGUAUCUUUUGGAUAGAAAAUGGCAGUGAAACCAGAAACAAAAACACGCAAAACUAUUGAAAUUUGAUUGCCAUGUGAAAAGACUAGUUUUUUAUAUAGCGAAAAGGAAAUAUCGUUUAGCAACAGGCAGUGAAGGUAGGAAGAGCGAAAAGGAUAGACUGUAAUGCCCAAAAUUGAACUUUAGUCGUAAGAAAAUCAAACAAAAUCAUUUUUCUAUAGAAAAACGAAUCUAGCAUCUAAGAGUCUGCUUUCCGAAACCCAAAAUAAAACUUUCACAAUCCUAUUUUACACUGUUGGUAAUAAUAUUGGAAUGUUAGUAAAAAAAAAACUAAACAACUUUUACAAGAGAAAAUAAUACCACUACACCCACUGCCAGAAAAAAAAACAAGUAAAAAGAAAAAUAACAGUCAAAAUGUCAACUGCAGUAAAUAACCCAUACGCAAAACCAGUGAAGCAGAAAAAUUCUAAACGAUAAUCAGGGAGACGGACUGGCAGCACUGUACAGUCACGCCGCCAUUAGUUUUUCAUUCAAUACACAUUAGUCAUACACAGAAAAAACAAUAGCUUCACCCCCUUCAAAGUGGCAGUAGAUACAAACAAUAAAGAAAUAAUAUACCUCAACUAAAAUGUAAUAAUCAUUGUUCAUGUUCGAAUCAAAAUCAGCUGAAGCAUUGUACAUAGACAUCCCCAGCUAGUAAGACACGUGUUUGGUUCUGAUCUCCGCUUAGUAGUAGAAGUGUCUUCGGUAAUUAAAGAAAUAGUUUCAACGUUGACAACUGGUGGUGCCACUACUGCUGGCACCAAAUCUUUUAUCUUUAUUCUUUAAGAUAUUUGUAAACUAUGAUAACAGCAAACAUACAGAACAAUGCAUUUAAAAUACUAUUUUGAAAAAAUAGUUUCUAGGAUUACCGGCAGACGGCUGCCGAUGGUGGCCGUUCUGUGAACACAAAAUUUCGUGAUGUUGUUUCCCUCAGUUUUUAAGCCCCUGGAGCAUCCAUAGCUAUUUGUUUAACGUGUUUGUUUUUCUUUUUUCAUUGCAUAAAUCAUCUCUUUGUUCGAUUAUCAGUUCCACUAGCUAACCUCGAUUGAGUUCAGUGUUCUGUAGGACGUUAAAUACACUGUUUCUGAUAUCGUGAUGAUACACAGACGAAACUUUACAUUCUUAGCGUGAAUAGUGUUGUUCUACUAUUCUAGUAGAAGGUAAAGAUGAACUAAAAUAGCAGAAAUUUGUUCCCCGCGAAGUAAGACGUGGUUUUGUUGAUCUGUUUUCCGUUUCUCGAGCGUUUUUAUUCACAAUCUGUAGGCAAAGGAAAAAUUUCUGUUACAUUUUCAUAGUUAACUGUCAUGUGCAUCUAUACCUAUAAUGAUAAUGAAUUAACUAUUAAACGAAUAACAACAACAUAAAUAAAACUGAUAGGCAAUACAACGUGGAACACUUUUACUAUGUAAAAUGAAAGAUUUGCUAGAGUGGAACAGUCCGAUUGGGACACUUCCACACAAAAAACCCGAUAUUCAUCGUAGAGAGUAAAGGCAUCAAUUCUCUUUUACAUUGCUGUAACUGUUCUCUAAUAUUAACAAUUGCAAUACCGUAUAAGGGAAGAAAAUCAACCAACCAAUAAUCCGCGCUUUGUAGUUUAUAAUGUCAUCAUCAGGAUAGGCAUAGUUUCGGUACUGAGCAAACAAUCUGGAAAACGAAGGAAGCAAAGAAUUAUUAUAUCCAUACAUGCAAGUUUGUAAUGCAUAAACCGAGAGUGACCGCAUAGUCCCAGCAUGUAAGUGAAAAGCGAAAAUAAAACUGAUUUAUUAUACUGAACA